AUGAUCAAGCAGCUGAGCCUGAAAACCGUGCACGGGGAAAAUUGCGUUCUCGACAGUAUUAUGGUGGCCAGUCGCCAUCCUACCGAGCUUUGCUAUUUUACUCGAAUCUACGGCGUGGAGGCUAAUAUUGUGGAUGACCUAUACUCGAAUGGAUUCAGCGACAUUAUCGAAGUGAUCAACUUCGUUGGGGGGAUUCAUUUAGACGGCAAAGUCCUAGCACAAGCGCACUCAUCAUGUUCGAGGAGAUCACGCGCCUUCUAG